CUAGAAAGGUUCGCAAUUAAAUGUUCAUUGGGCAGACUUUCAUCUUGGCAAGGACAGAAUACUGUCCAGACAGAUCAUUAUAUUGAAAUAGGACAUCAGUGCUGCACCCGUGUCUUCAAUCAAAAGGAGGAUCAGGAGAAGCUUUAUCUGAUACUAUAUAACCACUCCUGCAGCUCCAAUUUCAUCAAUCUGACUGGUCUACAGAAGACAUAGGAGGGUUUGCUGUCUGUCACCAUGAUGGAGUGUGGUCCCUGCAUGUGGUUCAAGGAGAAACGUGAAUCCCGCAAGUUGGUUCUUGUUGUGGUUUUUGUGGCUCUGCUUUUGGAUAACAUGCUUUUCACAGUUGUGGUUCCAAUUAUCCCUACUUUCCUUUACGACACGGAGUAUAUAAACACGUCAGCGGCUCAGUUGUCCUCUCACACUCCUGCUAUCAACUCAACUUUCAUCUCCAUUAUCUCCUUACAUGAUAACUCUACAUUCUGGACUGGUGCUGUUCAUAAUGGAGAUAUUAAAAAUGAGUCCCAAGAAGUUCUAAAAGAUGGACCAUGCUAUAGUGGGAAGAGCUUCCUAAGGGAAGAGAAUGUACGAGUGGGUCUGCUCUUUGCAUCCAAAGCUAUAUUACAGCUCAUGAUCAACCCCUUAGUGGGUCUGGUCACUAACAGGGUGGGAUAUGAUCCUCCAAUGUUCUGUGGAUUUAUCAUCAUGUUCCUAUCCACUAUAAUGUUUGCCUUCUCUGGGACGUACACACUUCUCUUCUUGGCUAGAUCAUUGCAGGGAAUUGGAUCGGCAUUUUCUACUGUUGCUGGUCUCGGGAUGCUGGCAAACGUGUAUACUGAUGACUACGAGAGAGGCCAAGCAAUGGGAAUAGCACUUGGGGGUCUGGCCUUGGGGGUGCUCACUGGUGCUCCUUUUGGUUCGGUCAUGUAUGAGUUUGUUGGAAAGACUGCUCCAUUCUUAAUCCUGGCACUAUUGGCUCUGCUGGAUGGAGCUCUCCAGCUGUGUAUUCUGAGACCUUCUACUUUUUCCCCAGGGUCAGCUGCUCCAACAUCAUACUUAACACUACUCAAGGAUCCCUACAUCAUGGUGGCUGCUGGUUCCCUUUGCAUUGCUAACAUGGCUAUUGGUAUACUGGAACCCACCCUACCAAUUUGGAUGAUGGAAACAAUGUGUGCCCCCAACUGGCAACUAGGUCUGGCUUUCCUACCUGCAAGUAUCUCUUAUCUAUUGUGUACCAACCUUUUUGGAACCUUGGCACAUAAGAUGGGACGGUGGCUGUGCUCUCUGCUGGGAAUGAUUGUGGUUGGAAUUAGCCUUUUGUGUCUGCCACUUGCUGUCAAUAUCUAUGGGCUCAUUGGUCCAAAUGCAGGAAUAGGCAUUGCCCUGGGAAUGGUGGACUCCUCGAUAAUGCCAAUCAUGGGAUACCUUGUAGAUCUACGUCACACAUCAGUCUAUGGUGGAAUCUAUGCUAUUUCCGACAUUGCUCUCUGUCUGGGAUAUGCAUUGGGCCCCUCCUCCGGUGGAGCCAUUGCAAAAGCAAUUGGGUUUUCCUGGUUAAUGGUGAUUGUUGGCAUUUUAAACAUUCUCUACUCUCCACUUUGUAUCUUACUGCGCAACCCACCAGCUAAAGAGGAGAAACUGGCCAUCCUAAACCAAGAGUGUUCAAUGCAGACCAGGACAUACAUGACACAGAGCACCUUGCCAGACUUGUCACUCUCUGACCACAGUGAUGAUGAGAUGAAUACUCCCACCAACAGUACGAAAAUGACUCCUCGUUGAUGAAGUGCUCAUACAGACGUUUCUCUGUCACCACAUUGCUCUGCUUACACAUCCCUCUAUUAAACCAUGAACUCUAAUGGAGCGUCUGUACGUUAGUUUUACUCAGCUAGAGACCUUUAGAGCAACACUAUGUAGAUAUUUACCACUGCAAGAGAUGUAAGAAAAUACACCAGUCAGACUUUAACCUCCAGAGUUCUGUAUAACGUAACUGCAUAUAAACUAAACAAACUAUGGUCUGUAGAGCCAUGGCUUGUUAUGAAGAUAUUCUACAGGUGUCUUGUAAAUAUUGUAAAUAAAGUACAAAAUACAAAUUGCUAUAAUAAAAUAUUGGUAGUAUUACUAAAACUGUAGGAUAGAUAGAACAAUUAAUACAAAUUUGAAUAUGUAGCAGAGGCUAUUAAAACGCCCUCAAAUAUACACAGACAAAUCACUGCAUAGGUGUAAAAUAAAUGAAUCUGAUUAUUAAUGAAAUGGGGAGACUAUGCAGAAUUUCACAAAUUGGUAGCACCUGGGGGUAUUGCAAGGGGGGAUUGUGAGUCUUCCAGGAGCAUGUUCUUUAUAGAUUCAGGUGCUUUCAAAGAAAUGCCAGGUUGAAGAUGUUCUACAUGGGAAAAAA